AUGGAACAACCUCAGAGUCUCCGGUCUUUGUUUCAAUCUGCAAAGGAAAGCAAGUCUUUGUUGGAGUCUCGAGGCGACACCAACACCGCAGCAUACCGAGAUGAUGUAAAUGCAUCUGUCGCUAAGUUCCAGGAAUGCCAACGACAAAUCAGUAUUUUGUCCCUGUUCAGUUCCAACGAAACACUUGAUGAUGUCUCGUCGGGGGAUAUACAAUACAUGACUUUGGAAUACCAUUUUGCCGAACUUGUCCAGCGGGGCCCCAGCGCCGAUCGUAAAUCCGUCCUUCAGAGAGCCUUAGAACAAUACGAAAAGUUCCUUACACGCCUUGAUGAAUAUGAGUUACUGUCGAAGGGAGAUCGCAAAUUAUUUGAGUCAUACAUGGCCACUCCAUUGUCCUUCACAUUGGCUCCUGUCAAUGAUGCGGCGGCGAGACGAGACACCAAAGUGAGGCGGUUUAGGGAGGAGAAAGAGCUCAAGCAAAAGCUGGAGUACAUGGCCCGAAACGAAACACGAGUGGACAACGAUAGCGAGGCGACUCGGAAUCUUUACCUAGCCGAGAUUCAACUUUAUACACACCAGACAUUCCAAGCCUUGGAUCUAUUGGUACAAGAAUUAUCAAUGCUUUCAGCCAUGCGGAAUGCUCCUGCGCUUGAGCCAUCUCAGCAACCACGAGAUGACCCCCGGCAACGCAGUAAUUUAGGAGGAAGCAACUACACCGAUCGUCUGGAUCCAUCUAUCUCACAACUGCUCGGAGGAGGCAGAGGUGGGCCUAUAUUAAAUAGUAAGGGAAAGCCAACUCAGCCUUUCACUUUACUCGAUCGUCGGUCGCAGCUCCAACAGGGAGUCUUCCGUUCAGGUCAUAACCUGCCGACCAUGACCAUCGACGAAUAUCUUGAAGAAGAGCACAGAAGGGGCAAUGUUCUUCAAGGAGGCGAACAAUCCGGGAUUAAGCCAGAGGUGGAUGAAGAUGAUCUGGACAGGGCGGAUGAGGAAACUAUGAAAGCCCGGGCUUGGGAUGAAUAUGUUGAAGCAAAUCCGAAGGGAUCUGGCAAUACUCUCAACCGUGGUUGA